AUGGCUCAGGCUAUGACGCUAAGGUCAAGUUUGGACAGGCCAGAUGCCACUAUUCCUGUCAUGAUCUCUAACAAAAACAAGGAGCUGUAUGAAAAGAACUUGUGCAUCCUUGAGGUGCUUGUGAAGGCUGUUCUACUUUGCGGACGACAAAAUAUCCUUCUUCGUGGCCAUCGCGACGACGAGACGAAUGCGUCAACCAACCGAGGCAAUUUUAUUGCCAUUGUCAACUUAAUAGCCGAGCAUGACUCGCGCUUGAGGACGCACCUCGAUACAGCAGCACGAAAUGCGAAGGGCACAUCAAAAACAACCCAGAAUGACCUGAUUGAUGUCAUAAAAACUCACAUCCAAGCAUCGAUUGCUGAAAAGAUAGCUGGCGAGUCGCGAGUGUUUUCAAUAAUCGCUGACGAGGUUACCGACCGGCACUCGAACCAAGAAAUUUUGUGUGUCUGUUUACGUUAUCUCGUCUUUGAGAACCAGCGAGUUCAUAUAAAGGAAAGCGUGAUUGACUUCGUGCACAUGGAGAGAACCACGGGGGCAUCACUGGCUUCCGCAAUCAUCCGAAGCUUGGCUGCUUGCAACGUGGACAUUACAAAAGCAAGGGGACAGUCGUAUGAUGGAGCGGCAGCGAUGUCAUCGUCCCGGGUUGGUGUCCAAGCUAGAAUCAAAGAGGCGUCCCCAAAAGCUCUCUACACUCACUGCAGCAAUCACAGGUUAAACCUAAGCAUCGCAACAGCUUGCAAGAUUCCGCAAGUGCGCCUCACCGUUGACGUCAUCAAUGAGAUAUUUUUCUUCUUUGACAUGUCUCCGAAGAGGCAACGUUUCUUGGAACGAGUGCUAGAGGCAUACGGUUCAGAACAAGCGAAGAGGAGGCUUUGCGGUUUGUGUCGCACAAGAUGGGCAGAACGACACACAGCACUGGAUACGUUUUAUAACCUGUACCACUACGUGUACCUCUGCUUAAAAGCUAUGACUGUGCCCGACCAACACCGCCAUGUUUACGCGCGAACUGACAUCGAAGCUAGCACCGAUGACUCACGUGACCUUCCGCCCGCCGAGCAGUGGUCCUGGGACCGCGACACCAAGAUGAGGGCGGCCGGCCUACUCGUCAAUCUGAAAACAUCGGAUACGAUCGUAUCUUCUAUGAUUGUAAAAAAUGCCUUGGAGGUCGUGAAGCCCCUUGCCACGAAGCUUCAGAAACGGGAUCGGGACGUCAUCGACGCGUAUGGUAUGAUUGAUUCUACCAUCUCUAGACUUCGGGCGUUGCGGUGUAAAGUCGAGCAAGAGUUUAAAUCGUGGUUCAACGACUCCGUCAAGCUGGCAGAUCUUGUUGGGACCAAAAUUCAAACUCCAAGAGUAGUUGCUCCUCAAGCUCACCAUUCGAACAAUCCGUCCUCAUCUCCAGAAUAG